AUGUCUCACGCACGCAAGAACAGUCUGUGGACGCCCACCACGCCGACAGCGGCGCAAACCCCCCAGCUGCUGUCUGGCAAGUCCAUGAUGAUCACCGGCGGCGUCACUGGCAUCGGCCGCUCCAUCGUCCUAGGAUAUCUCCAACACGGCGCAAACGUCGCCGUGAACCACUUCGGCGACGACAAGUCCUCAUCGCAGUACCAAACCCUCGUCGAGGAAGCAGCCUCGAACCUACAAACCAGCAAAGAAGAAGUCGAGAAGAGACUAGUAGAAGUACCCGGCGACGUAGGAAACCCCGAGACAGGCAAGAAGUUGGUAGAUGCCGUAGUACAACGAUGGGGACGAUUGGACGUUGUGAUAAGCAACGCUGGUAUCUGCGAGUUCAAGGAGUUUCUAGAGAUAACACCGGACCUCUGGAACAACACCCUCACCACCAACCUCACCGGCGCAUUCCACACCAUCCAAGCCGGCGCAAAGCAAAUGUCCACCCAGUCCCCUCCGGGCGGCUCCAUAAUCGGCAUAUCCUCCAUCAGCGCCCUCGUCGGCGGCGCAUACCAGGGCCACUACACGCCCACCAAAGCCGGUGUCCUCUCCCUCAUUCAGUCCUCCGCGUGCGCACUCGGAACACAUGGUAUACGGUGCAAUGCGCUGCUACCAGGUACAAUCAAGACGCAGCUCAACGAGAAGGAUCUCGAAGACGAGGAGAAGAGGAAGUACAUGGAAGGUAGGAUACCGCUGGGGAGAACGGGUGUGCCGAGUGACCUUGCUGGUCCAGCCAUCUUCCUAGGCAGUGAUUUGAGUAGCUAUGUGAACGGCGCGCAGCUGUUGGUAGACGGAGGCUUAUUCGUAAACCUCCAAUAA